AUUCCGGCCAGCUUGCAAUUUCGGCCACAUUUUUUGUUCGUCGAAUUUCCACGAAUUUUCAGUUUUUGCAGACUCUACAGAUUAUACUAUGCAAAAAAUAACAAAAAAUGUCGCAUCGACGAACAAGAUGAGUUGAAAAAGACAUUGGUAGAAUUCCGGAGGGAGAAGGAACUAUAAUAAUGCAGGUGGCCGGAAUAGGCCACCAAUGCUAUUUCUACAUUUUUAUUCAUUUUAAAAUGUACUAAAAAUGAUUUUAGAGAAAAUAAAGAUGAUAAACUGUCUGCAAAGUUCCAGUGAACACUCCUUAAGAAGAAGUAAUAAAAUAAUUCAAUUUCUAUUAAAAAUAUUACAUUUCAAACUUGAGAGUUUGGCGCUUGCAUGCAACUAUGCCGAAAUUUGGCACACUUACCCUAAAGAUUUUCCUCUGUACACUUUAUGAAAUUGUGGAUUAUUCCUUUUUAUAACAACAUUAAUUCCAUUGAAAAUUUAAUGAAAAUAAUACUAGCAAAUUUACAAGAAGCUCUUUCAUAUUCAAUUGUUAUUCGUCUCAUGUGCGGAAACUAAGCACAUAUAUUUUGCAGCUCAAAUACUUUUAUUUAUCCAGCUUUGAAAAUUAUUUACAGAUGUUUAAUUGCAAGCGUAAUUACUUUUUGUGAAUAGAAAACAGAACGAUGAUAGAGUAAGAAUUUCAUCAAAUAAUUUUAUGAUUUUUAUCAAUUCGCAGAAAUCUGCGGAUAAGCUCGCUGGUGAAAAUCCAGUUGAUCAGCAAACAUAUAAUUCAGCAGAAAAAAUAAAUCCCGAAAUUGGGGAAUUAUCUAAGUCCACAGAAAUAAAUAACAAUGAUGAUUGUGGGAGUCAGGGAUUGAGUAAGUGUGGGAAAAACUCCAUAACUGCUCUUCCCUGCAUUAUUCAAGUCCAAGAAGUCAAUAAUUCUAAGGGUGAGGACGACCAUUGUAUUUUGCGAGAAAGAAAAACAGAAGAAGAAUCUCGUGGAAAAUCCCCAGAAAUGGAUGCAACGUACUGUAAUUUUCUGAUAGCCAGAAAAAUGGCCCAAGAAAAUCUAGAACAUCAACCACUGCCAGAUGCUGUGAUGGAUUGCGCUUACAGGAAACUCCAAGCUAGCGGAGAUCUUCAUCCAGGUCUAGCACUAGACGUUAUUCCUCUAGCUACAGGAGUUGGUGUAAAGAGCUACAAAGCUGGACCUACACAAUGCACUAAAAUGCGAGUCUAUCGGCCUAAAACUUGUGGAGUUACUCCACAGCCCUUGGACAAGGCAGCACUUGGCUAUCGACCUCAUUCCUCUGUAACCAUCAAGGAUAAAAUGGGUCCAAUGGAUCUGGCCAUUUGUUGGGAUUAUCGCCCGAGUGAUCCUCGAGAUGAACCUCCACGACCAACGCAUAUUGAUGGUUCAAACGGAUCUGUAGCUCCAGCUGUGUUCACUCUUGUUAAAACUCCUCGCGAUAAUACUCCUCUAGCUACUGGGCGCUCAGGUGGAGUCUUUUCCAGUACAAUGAGAGAAGAAGGUUUCUUCGACAAGGACGUUUUGAAGCAAAAGACGGAAAUGAAGAAUGCUAGUAUUCUGGGACGCACUUGUUGCUGCGGCGAAGGGGGAAAUCGCAGUCGAAGCGCUCUGACCAUGAAUGUUCCUGCUGAUCACUCAAUCAGUCGCCCCAAAAGUGUCUCCCGCUCUGCCGAGCUUCAGUCAUCGAAGCCCCUCAGUCGCACCUACAAGAGCUCACCCAAUCUCGUGGAAUUGGCCGAAAGGGCUCAGAAUGAGUGUGAAUUGGUUUGCAUCAAACACACUCCCAUUUUGGUUGAAACAAAAGCCCGAAGUUCUGCUAAGCCUCAGCGUCCAAUGCGUCUGUGCGAGUACACCAAGCCCACGGCAGCUUCAAAUGCUCGUUUGGUGAGAAAUGAUUCGGACAGUGGAUGUGGACAGAGUAUUUCAUCGAAUGGUUCGGAUAAACAGCGUGUCAGGAAGACUAUCAAAGUACCCAAACCACGAGACCCCUAUGCAAAGAAGAAUUACAAUAUUGAGACCUUGGCUCCUCCAUUCGCUUGUUGGCGAGGUGGAGCCGGUCAGGGAGGUUAUCCGGAAAUCUGGCGCCUGGCCAGUGUUUACCAGCAUGCUUACAAGCCCGUGGAGCAACGCAAGAGAAACCUCCUGGCCACAGUUUAUCAGUAAAAUUUUUUGCCUUUUUUAUUCUCUGCCUCUGACCAGCCUCUCUCUUGGCAGCUUAUGAGUCCACGUGAUAAUUGAGAGCAUAUCUAUCUUUUCCAUGACCAUCAACUGUUGUUGAAUUAAUUGCAUUGGUAAGAUGAUCGUACUUUCUGAGGAAGUAUUCAGUUUUGUGCGUAUCACAGAGAUUCAUCGCCAAUUGCCACCACAGUCUCUCCGUAAAGAUCGUCUGGGAGGUCUUAAGAGGAUUCUUGAGGUGCCUGAAGACACUACAGAGCAACUCCUCAGUGGCAUUUGUAACAUCCUUAGAAUUCACAUAGUUUUUGCACUGUAGAUCUGGAAAUUCAAUUAAAUUGAUCUGCUUGGUACAUUUAA